CCCAACCCAUUCCCAACUCCACCCUAGGGUUUCUCCUCCGCCAAUGGCCGCCGCCGGCGACCCUUCAGCCGUCUGGGACUGGGGCGAUCUCCUCGACUUCACCGUCGACUCCGACUUGUCCAUCUCAUGGGCCCCCGACGACCCGCCCAACCCGCUCCCCCCGCCGCCGCAGGAAGACCCGAACCCGAACUCGAGUCCGAACCCGGACCUUUCCCCGGGGGCGCCGCGGAUAAGGAAGCGCGACCCGAGGCUGGCGUGCUCCAACUUUCUCGCGGGUCACGUGCCGUGCGCGUGCCCGGAGGUGGACGAGAAGAUGAUGGAGCUGGAGGAGGAGGAGGCCGGGCACGGGAAGAAGCGGGUCAGGACGGUUCGGGCCCCGCCCGGGACGGCCCGGUGCCAGGUCCCGACUUGUGGGGCCGACAUUAAGGAGCUCAAAGGCUAUCACCGGAGGCAUAGAGUCUGCCUUGCUUGCGCCAAUGCCACCACCGUCGUCAUCGACGGCGACUCCAAGCGUUAUUGUCAGCAGUGCGGCAAGUUCCAUGUCUUAUCUGAUUUUGAUGAAGGUAAACGGAGCUGUAGAAGAAAAUUAGAGCGUCACAAUAACAGAAGAAGAAGAAAGCCUAGUGACUCUAAAUUAGGGAAGGAAUCUCAGAAGGAAGUUCAUGUUGAAGAUGGCAAUCAUGAUGUUGAAGCAGGAGAAGACAGUUUACAGUUAAGCAGCCAGAUAAAUGAGAAGGAAGAGUUGCUGGAGUCAGAAGGUGGAGGUAUAUCUACUCUCUUUUCAAUGCCUAAUGCCCAGAAUGUGGGCAGUGAUAGUGUUCCAUCGGUCCUGACUCCUAGUGAUACUCAAAUGGAUGGAAGAAAACAUGAUUCCAAUCACUCUCUUUCUCCGCCACAGAGUGACAACAAAAGUGCCUACUCAUCUAUGUGUCCGACAGGUCGUAUCUCAUUCAAGCUCUAUGAUUGGAAUCCAGCAGAGUUCCCUAGAAGACUUCGGCACCAAAUAUUCCAAUGGUUAGCCAGUAUGCCGGUUGAGUUGGAGGGCUAUAUCCGUCCUGGCUGUACUAUCUUGACUGUUUUUAUUGCAAUGCCAAACUUUAUGUGGAUGAAGUUACUUGAUGAUCCUGCAUCGUAUCUACAUAAUUUUGUUAUCGUACCUGGAAUGAUGCUAUCCGGGAGGGGAAAUAUGCUUGUUUAUCUCAAUGACAUAAUUUUCCGUGUUGUUAAAGACGGGACUUCUGUAAUAAAGGCCAAAGUGGAGGUGCGGGCCCCCAAGCUUCAUUAUAUUCACCCUACAUGUUUUGAAGCAGGCAAGCCAAUGGAGUUUGUUGUUUGUGGAAGUAAUUUGUUACAACCCAAACUUAGGUUUCUUGUAUCCUUCUCUGGAAAGUAUCUGGCCGAUAAUUAUGAUCCAGAAUCCUCUCAUAGUCAGAUCGAAAGGGACAGCACUGCUGGUAAUUUAGAUCAUCAAUUUUACAAGAUACAUGUUCCUCAUACAGAAGCAACUAGUUUUGGUCCUGCAUUUAUUGAGGUCGAAAAUGAAUCUGGGUUAUCGAACUUUUUACCUGUUCUUGUUGGGAACAAAGAGAUUUGUGCUGAAAUGGAGACUAUUCAGAAAAGAUUAGAAGAAUCUCUUUUCGUGAGAGGAUCGUCAGACGUUUCUUCCAGUGGUUGUCUGUUGAACUCUUGUGAAGCAUCUUCACUCAGACACAGAGCAUUUUCUGAGAUUAUUUUAGAUAUAGCAUGGCUUCUUAGAAAGCCCUCAUCAGAAAAUGUCCAACAUAUCAUGACUUCAUCUCAGGCACAAAGAUUCAAUCAUUUAUUGAACUUAUUGAUUUUCUUCAAGUCAACAACCAUAUUGGAGAAAGUGUUAGAAAAUCUGAAAACUUUGAUGGAUAAUGUAGAGAUAAACAACCCCAAUAGUGGCAGUAUUGAUGCUGAUAUGAGGCUAUUACAAAAGUAUAUGGAUCAUGCUCGUGAUAUUCUUUGUCAAAAACUUCGAUAUUCUGGGGUUUCACAACUGGAACUUGAAAGCUUGGUGCAUAAGGGGGAUGUUAUUUCUCAAAGUCGAAGCUGCUUCCAGAGCAAACAACAUUUUCCUAUCCACACUCAGGAUACGGAGAUUACUGUAGAUGGUAAGAUGGAUGUGAUGUUGGGUUCAACUUCUAACGAGAAAAGUGAGACUCUUCCGCUUUUAAACAAAAAAGCAGCCAUGAAAGUCAACUUUAUCAAACAUGCCAACUGUGGUAAUUCUUCUGGGGAGCUCUUAGGGUUUCGCUCUAGGCGAACAUUCCUGGGAUUUCGCCCCACUCUGUAUGUAAUUUCUGCUGCAGCUAUGUGCUUAGGAAUUUGUGCGGUUGUCUUUCAUCCUCACAAGGUUGGCGACUUAGCAGUAACAAUACGCAGAUGUCUGUUUGACAAUUUUUAAUCAGAUGUCUAAGGUAUUAAUGUACUGGUGUUUCCAAGCCCUUUGUCUGUACAUAACUACAUAUCCGUUGUAGACUACUUUCUAACACUGCCUACACCUAGAGAAGCCAAUGACAAAGUGCAUGUUGUCACUGUGGUAGAUCUCCACUGUGCUUUUGUUGCCAACGACCUUUGAGAUGGUAAUUUCUUCUUUGAAGACAGGAGUUGUUACCAGCAUUUUUUUUUUUUUUUUUGUUAAAGCACU